UUAAAAUGGCUAUUCCAUAAGCGUAUUGAUCCAUUUGUGAAACAACUGCAGCCAAAGAACAAUAGAAUGCAUAAACAGCAUUAUGAAGGUGGUAGUGCGGAUGCAAAAAAAAGUAGUAAGGGAAGUAAAAGGAAAGAAAGAGAUGAUGAUGAUAAGAAAGAAAGAGACGACAAUGAUAGAAAUGAAAGAGACGAUGAUGAUAGAAUUAUAUUAUACAAAAGAAGAAAGAAGGAUGGUAAUACUUCACUACUACCACCUAACAUUAGAGAUCUUGCUGCUACAUGGUUUAAUGUUACUAUA